CACUACCUUUUGUCGCUAAUAACUUUAGCUCCUCCUUUCAGCGCUAAUAAAAAGAACCUGAGGGACUUCAAGAGGACUGUGUCCACUUCAGACGUCUCAUAAACUACCCAAAAUACCGGGACCAGCAGAACGUCAGAGACAUUUUUUAGGAGUUUGAUUUGAGCUAUUUUUUGUGUGUCUCUCUCAGCUUCACACUUUUCCCGUGAAGAUGUUUUAUUCCAGUGUGCUGGUUCUGGGUGUCUGCCUUGCUCUGGGGACAGGACGCAACGCUGCUGCAGCCGCCGCGAUGGGGAAGACGCAAUACCAGAUUCAAAACGGCCGCUGUAGCUACACCUUUCUGCUGCCCGAGCAGGACGACUGCCAAACCUCCGGCAGCACCAACAGGAACCAGGUCCAAAAGGAUGGGCCGGCAGACAGCGAGGAGUCCACCCAGAGGCUGGAGCAGCUGGAGAACAUCAUGGAGAACAACACACAGUGGCUUCUCAAGCUGGAGAACUACAUACAGGACAGCAUGAAGCAGGAGAUGGUCCAAAUCCAACACAACGCUGUUCAAAACCACACGGCUACGAUGAUUGAGAUCGGAACGAACCUACUGAGUCAAACGGCCGAACAAACGAGGAAACUGACAAACGUGGAGGCGCAGGUGAUAAAUCACACAACUCGACUUGAGCGCAGGCUUCUGGAGAACUCCCUUUCGACAAACAAGUUGGAAAAAGAACUCAUUUUCCAAAGAAACGAAAUAAGUAAGCUGAACGACAAAAACAGUUUCCUGGAGAAAAGGGUGGCGCAGAUGGAGGAGCAGAGGCAGGUGGAGCUGAAGGCUCUCCGGGAAGAGAGGGAGCAGCUUCAGGCUCUCAUACAGAGACAGACGGUCAUCAUAGGGGAGCUGGAACAGCAGCUGCUGCGUGUCACGUCAAACAACAGUGGCCUCCACCAACAGCAACAGGAGCUCCUCCAAACAGUCAACAACCUCAUCCACGUCCUCUCUGUCACCACAGAUGGAGAGACCAAACCUGCCAUGAUGCAGGACACACCGACCACUUACAUGGACUGUGCUGCUGUCUUCAAGUCCGGCAACACUGAAAGUGGAGUCUACGCACUAACCCUCCCAAACACCACGCACGAGAUUAAGGCGUUCUGUGACAUGGAGACGGAGGGAGGUGGCUGGACAGUACUGCAGAAACGGUUUGACGGCCGUGUGGACUUCCACCGUACGUGGAGCGAGUACAAAUCGGGAUUUGGAGACCCCUCAAGUGAACACUGGCUGGGGAACGACUUUGUCUCCAGGCUGACAAAUCAGCAGCCAUACAAACUGAGAAUCCAGAUGAGCGACUGGGAAGAAAACUCUGCAUUCUCACAAUAUGAGCAGUUUUCUCUCGACAGCGAGGCACUAAAUUACAGGAUACACCUUAAAGGUUACAGUGGAACGGCAGGCAAAAUAAGCAGCCUCGGGCAGCCAGGAAGUGAUUUCAGUACGAAGGACGCAGACAAUGAUAAAUGUGUUUGCAAAUGCUCCCAGCUGACAACAGGAGGGUGGUGGUUCGAUGCCUGUGGUCCGUCCAAUCUGAAUGGAAUGUAUUACCAACACGGACAGAACUCAAAUCGGUUCAAUGGAAUCAAAUGGUACUACUGGAAAGGCUCGGGUUACUCACUAAAGGUCACCGCAAUGAUGAUCAGACCGGCAGACUUCUGAAGUUCCCUUUGAAAAGACUCCUCUCACACACACACACACACACGCACACACUGACGGGGGAAAAAACACCAACUGACAGACUGUAACAAAACACAACAUCUAAACAGGCCCUGCCAUGAAAACCAAAACACUUCAUGCAAACUAUAGUCCCAUGAGAACCCUCACAGGGAAUGCACAUUUUGUUCAUCUUUAUGUUUACUGAAUAGGACCACAUGGGGUGUCAGAUGAACAUCGACAGAGGUCUACACUGGCACAACUGGAAACAACUGGAGGCGUGCUUAUGUAGGCUAUUAUAACAGCCAGGCAGCCAUUGGCAAACUCAAUCUCAGAAUUUAUUUAAUCUUUUGUUUAUGAUUUUGACAUGACAUAUUUAAUAGAUAUUUUCGUGGAUUGUUAUCAAAGAGAAUAAUGGUACAACGGGAGGUUGACGUGUACUGAGGCAAUAUAAAAUAACUGACUUCAAACGGUCGUCUUCACACCCUCUGGAUAAGCACCUGCUGAAUGCAUCAAAUGUCGGUGUAUUAUCCAUCCAUCCAUUAUCCGAACCGUUUAUCCUGCUCUCAGGGUCGCGGGGAUGCUGGAGCCUUUCCCAGCAGUCAUUGGGUGGCAGGCGGGGAGACACCCUGGACAGGCCGUCGGGCCAUCACACAGGGCCAACACACACCCACACACACAUACACACACAAACACACAUUCACACCUAGGGACAAUUUAUUACGGCCAAUUCACCUGACCUACAUGUCUUUGGACUGUGGGAGGAAACCGGAGCACCCGGAGGAAACCCACGCAGACACAUGCAAACUCCACACAGAGGACCACCCGGGACGACCCCCAAGGUUGGACUACCCCGGGGCUCGAACCCAGAACCUUCUUGCUGUGAGGCGACCGCGCUAACCACUGCGCCACCGUGCCGCCUCGGUGUAUUAUACCAAACUAAAAUGUUUCUAUUUAGAUAACAUUUUCUUUCUCGCUGAGGAUGUAUAUAAAUAGAUUUUUUUUAUUUAUAUGUAGAUUAGAAGAUUGACAUUUGAUAGAUAUAUUGGUUUGCUGUAUUUCAACAUGACAACGAUGUAUCACCUGGAAUGUUUGUUUUUCUUUUUCCCCAUUUAAUCUUGACUAUUUAUACAGUCUGCUCUCCACUGUUGACAUAUCUUUUACAUUUGGGGCUGUUUUUGUCAGUUUGUUUGUUUUAAGUCGAUACACUUAUGACACUGCAAAAAAAAAACAACUUUAUGGGAAAGCUUCGCAAGACAGGAAAUUGCAUUAUACUAUGGCAGAAUUAAGUAUGUUCCCUACAAACAUGAGCCAGCACAAAGCUCGGACUUUUUCCUACAAUCUCGAACAACAUCAAUCACAUCAGCAUGUAAUGAUGAUGAUGAUGAUGAUGAUGAUGCUUAUCGGCAGAGACUGCUUUACAGCUGCACCGUCUUCAUGGGAUGAUCCCCCUGCAUUGUGGAGUUUCAAACGAUCAAAAUAAGAAGGUGAGACUGAGGUGUCUGUCACCAUGCAGCUCACUGCAGCGCUGUCUAAAAUCACAUCCUUUAUCAUUCUCUGCACUUUUACCAAAAAUAAACAAUGAAGCACAGAUUCUUCAGUGUCCUGUUGUGCAUUUGUGGUGAUGACUGAAGAGCGG